GCGCGCGCCGGGUUGCAUCACCCGCCUCGCACUGGGGAGGGGGUGGGGUAUGAUGGCUGCCCUCAGUAUUGCCUGCACAAAUAUCUACCAGGGUUGCAACUAAUAGCUCCCGCAACUUUGCACCAUGUUUUCCAGUAAGCCUACCGACAGGCACUGUGCAGAUUCAAGCAGAGAGACAUCCAAGCAGUGAGGCCGCUGUUGCACUGACCACCCUAAGCCCCUAGUCGGCCUUUCCGCGCCGGCUUCCUCGCCCCGCACUAGGACCCCUGCAGCCGAUCAGGCGGCAGCCAGGGCAAUUUCCUUCCUCUUUUGGCAAGAUGGCGGGAGGAGAAGCUGGAGUGACUUUGGGGCAGCCGCAUCUUUCGCGCCAGGAUCUCACCACCUUGGAUGUUACCACGUUGACGCCACUUUCACACGAAGUUAUCAGCAGACAGGCCACAAUUAAUAUAGGUACAAUUGGUCAUGUAGCUCAUGGGAAAUCCACAGUUGUCAAAGCUAUUUCUGGAGUUCACACGGUCAGGUUCAAAAAUGAACUAGAAAGAAAUAUUACAAUCAAGCUUGGAUAUGCUAAUGCUAAGAUAUAUAAACUUGAUGACCCAAGUUGCCCUCGGCCAGAAUGUUAUAGAUCUUGUGGGAGCAGUACACCUGAUGAGUUUCCUACGGAUAUUCCAGGGACCAAAGGGAACUUCAAAUUAGUCAGACAUGUUUCCUUUGUUGACUGUCCGGGCCACGAUAUUUUGAUGGCUACUAUGCUGAAUGGUGCAGCGGUGAUGGAUGCAGCUCUUCUGUUGAUAGCUGGUAAUGAAUCUUGCCCUCAGCCUCAGACAUCUGAACACCUAGCUGCUAUAGAAAUCAUGAAACUGAAGCAUAUUUUGAUUCUACAAAAUAAAAUUGAUUUGGUAAAAGAAAGUCAGGCUAAAGAACAAUACGAGCAGAUUCUUGCUUUUGUCCAAGGUACAGUAGCAGAGGGAGCUCCCAUUAUUCCAAUUUCGGCUCAGCUGAAAUACAAUAUUGAAGUUGUUUGUGAGUACAUAGUAAAGAAAAUUCCAGUACCCCCAAGAGACUUUACUUCAGAGCCCCGCCUUAUUGUUAUUAGAUCUUUUGAUGUCAACAAACCUGGCUGUGAAGUUGAUGACCUUAAGGGGGGUGUAGCUGGUGGUAGUAUCCUAAAAGGAGUAUUAAAGGUGGGCCAGGAGAUAGAAGUAAGACCUGGUAUUGUUUCCAAGGAUAGUGAAGGAAAACUCAUGUGUAAACCAAUCUUUUCCAAAAUUGUAUCACUUUUUGCGGAGCAUAAUGAUCUGCAAUAUGCUGCUCCAGGCGGUCUUAUUGGAGUUGGAACAAAAAUUGACCCCACUUUGUGCCGGGCUGACAGAAUGGUGGGGCAGGUACUUGGUGCAGUCGGAGCCUUACCUGAGAUAUUCACAGAAUUGGAAAUUUCCUAUUUCCUGCUUAGACGGCUUCUAGGUGUACGCACUGAAGGAGACAAGAAAGCAGCAAAGGUGCAAAAGCUGUCUAAGAAUGAAGUACUCAUGGUGAACAUAGGGUCCCUGUCUACAGGAGGGAGAGUUAGUGCUGUCAAGGCCGAUUUGGGUAAAAUUGUUUUGACCAAUCCAGUGUGCACAGAGGUAGGAGAAAAAAUUGCCCUUAGCCGAAGAGUUGAAAAACACUGGCGUUUAAUUGGUUGGGGUCAGAUAAGAAGAGGAGUGACAAUCAAGCCAACAGUAGAUGAUGACUGACGAACACCAGUUAAAUAAUACAUUUGGAUGGAGUUGGAAGAUGGAAUUUCUCUUAACAACCAAGGAAUUUAUUUUCAAAGCAAUAUUGGGGAAUUUAUUUACAGUUUCUUACCUUAGUAGAUAGCUAUAAGAUUAUUCUCAUGUUUUUGGUUAUGAAGACUUAACUUAGGGACUGAAAUUAAUAUAAAAGUUGGCGUGAUGUUGGAUUGAAUCUAUAUUUUGACAGAAGCAUUCCCAUAUAAUGUCACAAUUAUAUAUCAUGCAGUUUUGUUCUGCGUGUCUUGUUUUGUUUUGUUUUUGAGUCUGGCUUUGCCACCCAGGAUGGAGGGUGGUGGCCUGAUCUGCAACCUCUGCCUUCCAGGUUCAAGCAGUUCUCCUGCUUCAGCCUUCGAAGUAGCUGAGAUUACAGGUGUGUGCCACCACACCUGGCUAAUUUUUGUAUUUUUAGGAGAGACAGGGUUUUGACAUGUUGGCCAGGCUGGUCUCUCCUGACCUCAGGGUGAUCACCCCACCUCGGCCUCCCAAAGUGCUGGGAUUACAGGCGUAAGCCACCUUGCCCCGCCCAUAUCAUACAGUAUGAAAUGAAUUUUUGCUACAACCAGCCUUUGCUGUAGCACACACACACAUAUAUAUACACCACUGAAACUCAUUUUCAUGAUUCCUCUUUGAAUAGCUCCAAGCUGAUGGACUGUUGUACCAAUGAAAACUUAAAGAGACAGAUUUUCCUUGAAGACCUUCUCCCUUUUCUUUGGCCCCAUAUUUUAUAUUGCUUUAUCUUUGAAAUUUUGCAUGAAAAGGAAAUUAAUGGGUUCAAAUGAAAUUGUUCUUUAGAGAUUUUAGAAAUGGUUCCUAUGGACAAAUCUUUUUCUUCCCUUGCUCUUCCUGGCCUGAAACACAGGAAACCAGAGUCAGAAGUUAUCUUUCUUUCCCUGUGAUGGCUUGAAAUUUUUUCAGCGUUGUUUUAUGCCUGAAAUCCAAUAGUCUUCCUCUGUUGGAAAAUACUGUUAUACCAAAUAAUUCUAGAUGAGUAACAAAGAUCUUUCUAGGCCUUCAUUUUAUGUGUUUUCUUAACUGUUAUAUUAUGAUCAUAACACACAUUGUAAUAUUACUAAUUUUUGAACAUUCCAAAAGGCCAAGAAGUAAAAGAUGUUAGAAAGCAAUAACUGAGUCAAGAUGCCCCACAGAGAUUCUGGUUUAAUUGUUGUGAUUUAAUUGGCUUGGAGUAGAAUUCAGGCAUUUAACAACUCUCCUCAGUGUGGAGAAAUUUAGAGAGUUGAGAAGUAGGUAUAUUAAAUUACAGAAUCUCACUGAGUUUUGAUAGUCUGAUAAUACAGUUUGCUUUGCCUUUUCUUAAAUUUGCAUUGAGAUGGUAUUUGAAACAUAUUGUGCUCUUUUGAGUGUUGAAGUUGCAUUGUAGAAGUUGAGAACCUCUGGCUAUGGGUUAUCUAAGUUGAUGUUUUGAGGACGCAUAUUCAUGUUACAUACUUGGCUGACUUUGAAGGUUGUGUUGUAGCAUGAGGAACACAAAUAAACAAUUCUACAUCAAACGUUAAUUUUAUAUCUAACAUGUCCCCAUGUGUUUUGUAAGUAACUUCUACCAGAAAUUUUGGAAUAAGACUUAAAAUAUAGACUAAUUUAUUACAAUCUCAUGUCAGAUUUGAAACCAGAAAUCUAUUGUAAUUAAUUUCAGACAUCCACAUGAAUUAUCAGCAAAUUUCUAAAGCACUGUGCUGAGUGUAAUGGGCAUAUACAGAUAGGAAGAAAAUGGACCCUGUUUUCAUAGAACUUGAAACCAGGGCAGUGAUUCUUAGCAAGAGAUGUACUUGCUUGAGAAUGUGCCUGUAAUGUUUCUGAUGAAAGUACAUGGCUUAUGUAAAUCCUC